AUGGAGUUUACACAGCGAUUACCAUCAGAAGUUUUUCUAGCAAUAUUUAAAGAAUUAGAUUCAAAAACAUUGUGUUCAUUAUCAUUAGUUUCAAAAGGGUGUAAUUCUUUUGCUAUUGAUAAUCAUGUUUGGAGUCAACUGGCUUUAAAACGUUGGGAAGGUAAACAAGGUAUGAAAGAAAUACAUUCUGAACCUCAUGAAAUUUGGUUUAGAAAAGCUGGAACUUGGAAAAAAGUUUAUGGUUUAGUUGAGCAAGAAGCUAGAAGAAAUAAAUUAAAUACCGAUGACUUGGCUGAAACUACGUGGUGUUUUAAGUUUAAUAGUUUUGAAUUUCCACAUAUUGGGACACCAAAAUUUCAUCGUAAUGGAAUAUAUACACAUCGUGAAAUGAUGGGAGGUCAAUUAUCGUGGAAAUUUACAAAUGAAGGACAAGUUAGAGUCGAUCAAUUUCCUCCAUUAAAACCAUAUAGAUCAACAACGGAUUGGUCAUUUAAAAUGAGAAAUGUCCACAUUACUUUCGCAUCUACAGAUCAUAAUUGUUUUCGUAAAAAGUUACAUAAAUUUAAUCUAAAUCUAAUUGAAGAAUUGGGUUUAUGCCCUUCUCAAUAUAUAUUAAAAAUGCCUGAACCUUCAUAUGGUAUUUUAAAUAGUUCAAAUAAAGGUGGUGAAGAAAGUGGUGAUGAGAAUGAUCAAGAAACUGAGGGAAGUGAGGGAAAUUAUAAUGAGGAGAAUGAUAAUGAGGGAAACGAGAAUGGGGAAGAGAGGAAUAUCGCCAUGGAUCAUAUAAUGGUUUUACCUUCUCGUCGUGCAUUUCAUGGUGACGACCAUGCAGAAGAGAUCAAUCAAGCUGAAAAUGUUCAUAGAGGUCGCUAUGUUAUAUUUUUUAGUUUUCCAAAUUAA